AUGUACUACAUCAGUCCCCCCUUCAUGAAAGAAACUCGCCCUCGAGUUAAAGGAUACUUGGAUGAACAAUUUACUAUGUUAGAAGAAUUAGAGGAUACUGAUAAUCCUAAUUUCUGCGAGGAAGUUGUUACGAUGUUCUUCAGGGACUAUGUCAGACACAUUAAUAACAUUGAUCGGGCACUAGUGAAAAACCCAAUCAAUUUCGAAAAGCUAGAAGAUCUUAUGCACCAUUUCAAGGGCAGUUGCUGCAGCAUUGGAGCUGCAAAGGUGAAGAAUGAAAUUACAUUGUUCAGAAAUCACUGCACAAAUGAAGAUGCUGAAGGGGUUAGAGGAACUUUCGAGCAAUUGAAGAAGGAAUUAACAACACUCAAAACUAAACUUGAGGCAUAUUUCCAGUCGGCAAGACAAGCUGGACCCUCCCAGACUGCGGAUCGUCCUAAGUAA